UGCUUGCCACAUAAAAGUUGUGGUGGCAGUCUGAUAAACGAACGUUACCUUAUUACGGCAGCCCAUUGUGUUAGCAAACGAAUGCUCCCUGCAAGUUGGGCUUUGACUGGAGUUCGUUUAAGAGAAUGGAAUCAAGAGACCGAAAGAGAUUGCCAAAUUGAUAGUCGAGGUAAUUCGCUUUGUGCUGGCCUGUACUUGGACGUCAAUGUUGAAGAACAAUUAUGCCACCCCCGAUACAAUGUAAGGACUCAAGCAAACGAUAUAGCAUUAUUGCGUCUUCAAGAAAAAAUCAACUUUAACUAUUUUGUUGGGCCGAUUUGCUUAGCAAUGGAUACAAAACUUCGUUUGGACAACUUUGAAAAUGCAACAAUGGACAUUGCAGGGUGGGGAGCUACCGAAACGAGUAAUAAAAGCAAAAUGAAACUUAAAGCAUUAGUUAGAGGUCAAAGUCUUGAAAAAUGCAAAAAUAAAUACCGUACUGACGCAAGGAUUGAUCUUGGGGACACUCAAAUGUGUGCUGGUGGUGAGAAAAGCAUUGACACCUGUCGUGGUGAUUCCGGUGGACCGCUGAUGUUUCCACACAAGUUUAACGAAUUGGAAUCAUACUUUUUGGUCGGUGUGGUUUCUUUUGGGCCGACGCCCUGUGGUCAGGAAGGUUUUCCAGGCGUUUAUACUCGUGUGGGUUCUUUCGUAGAUUGGAUACGAUAUACCAUUAGAAAAUAAAAAGAGUCAUACAAGUAAAUACUAUCAAAUAAAACACCUCUUUGAGGUAAAAUUUUCGAG